AUGGUCUUGGACUUCUCACCGUAUGGAGCCAUCAUUUCACUGCUCAAGGACGACGCUCCGUAUCAGGUUCAGAUGAUUUUACAUGACGACGUCACCAAGGCGGAUAGUCGUCGUCGGGGUUUUGCAGCUCCAAUUAUGAAACGGGAAACGACACAAAAUAGAGGACGGACAAAAUUUUAG